AUGAGUGAUGCAAGCGCGACGGGACCUGAAUCCCGACGUCCAGGUCCGCAGGAUGUCCCCGCCGAACGUGACUACUUCACCGACCCGUCGGUCCUGCUCGACCCGCACGGCUACUACGCCGAGAUGCGCGUUCGUGGUCCCGUGUGCCCGCUCGCGACUCACGAUGCCCUGCUGGUCAGCGGUUUCGACGAGUACGUGGAAGCCUCGCUGAAUACCGACGACUUCUCCGCCAUUAACGCCCUGGCGGGGGCCGGUGUGCCCCUGCCGUUCGAACCGGUGGGCAGCGACAUUUCCGAACAGGUUGAAGAACACCGAUCGAAGUUCGUCGGUCACAAGCUCGUCAUCAGCCACGACGGCGAACGGCACGGCGAUUCACGUUCGCUUAUCAAUCGCAUGUUCACUGCCCGCCGACUGCGAGACAACGAACUGUUCAUGCGCGAGUACGCGGAGGAGCUCGUCGAUCGUGUCGUCGCCACUGGCAAUUGCGAACUGAUGAGCGAGGUAGCAAUCCGCUACAUCACCCUGAUUAUCGCCGACCUGAUGGACGUGCCCGCCGAAGACCUUGCAAUCUUUGAAGACAAGAUCGCCGCGAGUCAGAUCAUCGGGAGCAGGAAGGAAGGUGACGCCGACUCCACCGCUACGCACACGUCGUCUCCCCUGUACUUCUUCAUCGCCGACUACAUGGCGAACUACCUCGCCAAGCGCGCCGAGAACCCAGGCGAUGACGUGAUCUCGGAGCUGACGCACGCUCGCUACCCGGACGGCCGCAAGCCCAGUAUGAACGAACUCAUCGACAUGACGACGUUCAUGUUCAUCGCCGGCCAGGACACCAGCGCAAAGCUGCUCGGCAGUGUCAUCCGCUUCGUUUGCGAUGUGCCCGGUCUGCAGCAGCAGAUCCGAGACGAUCGCGAUCUGAUUCCGGCAGUGGUCGAGGAGGUGCUCCGUCUCGAGGGGUCAACCAAGGCCAUCAACAGACUGGCAAUCCGCGACACCUCGAUCGGUGGCCACGACGUACCCGCUGGCACGCAGGUGAUUCUCGGUAUCGCCGGAGUCAACCGCGACCCCAUUCACUGGGGUGACGACGCUGGCGAGUUCCGGCUGAACCGCAGUGGCGCCCGUCAGCAUCUCUCCUUCGGGCGAGGGGUCCAUGCGUGUCCCGGGUCCCGUCUCGUCCGGGCCAAGACGAAGACCAUGCUCGAAGUCCUGUUCGACAAGACGUCGGAGAUCCGCGUGUCAGAAGAUCAUCACGGCCCGGUGGGUGAUCGGGUCUAUUCGUUCGAGCCGAGCUACAUCAUCCGUGGUCUGCGCGAACUACACGUCGAGUUCGUUCCGGCCUAG